GGGACGAGCCUUCCUCGGCCGGGCUCUGCAAGGCUCGGCUCGGCACGGGUUGCCAUGACAAGCAUUUUCUCCCGCUAGCUCCGGGACCGCUCCUCCGCCGCCCCCCCCCCCAUCACCCCAUGGCCAGCCGAGGGGGCUUCGCCGCCAGCCGGGCGCCGUGGGGGCUUUGCCGCUCCAGUUGCUGUGGUAUCCAGGGAGCCCUCCUCCUUCUGUGGGAGAUGCACGCUGGUCGUUGCUAAGGUCGCCUCCGCGGUAACAUGCACAUCCUGUUUACACCUUUAUCCGGAGAAGUUGGGCUUGGUUAGAGGCACCCGCUGCACCUGGGCAGUCCCUGGGGAAGGGACCGCACCGAGCAUCCCCCCACCGGACCCUCGAGGGAGGGCACUGAAGGAGCCACCAGCCGGUGUCACCGUCACUGCACCAGCAAGAUGACGAACAACGUGGCCGACCACCACCCCGCGAACUCGGUUGCUGAAGGCAACCAUGAGGGGGACUUUGGUUGCUCCAUGGUGGAGCUCAGGAACCUCAUGGAGCUGAGGAGCGCCGAGGCGGUCGCCCGGCUCAAUGACUCUUAUGGCGGCGUGCAGAAUGUCUGCAAGAGGUUGAAGACGUCGCCAGUGGAAGGCCUGUCUGGGAACCCGACCGACCUGGAGAAGAGGCGGCAGGUCUUCGGCCAGAACUUUAUUCCUCCCAAAAAGGCCAAGACGUUCCUGCAGUUAGUGUGGGAGGCACUCCAGGACGUCACGCUGAUCAUCUUGGAAAUCGCAGCCAUAAUCUCCCUGGGCCUGUCCUUCUACCACCCUCCAGGCGGUGACAAUGAACUGUGCGGCCAGUCGACGGGCGGCGUGGAGGACGAGGGCGAGUCGCAGGCUGGCUGGAUCGAGGGGGCGGCGAUCUUGUUUUCGGUGAUCAUCGUGGUGCUGGUGACCGCCUUCAAUGACUGGAGCAAGGAGAAGCAAUUCCGUGGCCUCCAGAGCCGCAUCGAGCAGGAGCAAAAGUUCACGGUCAUCCGCAAAGGGCAGGUGAUCCAGAUCCCGGUGGCUGAGAUCGUGGUGGGAGACAUCGCGCAGAUCAAGUACGGUGAUCUGCUGCCGGCAGACGGGAUCCUGAUCCAGGGCAACGACCUGAAAAUAGAUGAGAGCUCGCUGACCGGGGAGUCAGACCAAGUCAAGAAAUCGCUGGAGAAAGACCCCAUGCUGCUAUCGGGUACCCACGUGAUGGAGGGAUCCGGCAGGAUGGUGGUGACGGCCGUGGGCAUCAACUCCCAGACCGGAAUCAUCUUCACUCUGUUGGGAGCAGGAGAAGGAGAUGAGGAAAAGAAGGUGAAGAAAGGUAAAAAAACCGGAGCCCCUGAAAAUCGCAACAAAGCUAAAACUCAGGAUGGUGUGGCCUUAGAGAUCCAGCCCCUGAAGAGCCAGGAAGGGGUGGAAAAUGAGGAGAAAGAGAAGAAGAAGGUGAAGGUCCCCAAGAAGGAGAAGUCUGUGCUGCAGGGGAAGCUCACGCGCCUGGCGGUGCAGAUCGGGAAGGCGGGGCUGAUCAUGUCGGCCAUCACGGUCAUCAUCUUGGUGCUGUACUUCGUGAUCGACACGUUUGGGGUGCAGGGGCGGCCCUGGCUGGCGGAGUGCACCCCCAUUUACAUCCAGUACUUCGUCAAGUUCUUCAUCAUCGGUGUCACCGUGUUGGUGGUGGCUGUGCCUGAAGGGCUCCCGCUGGCUGUCACCAUCUCCCUGGCCUAUUCUGUGAAGAAAAUGAUGAAGGACAACAACCUUGUGAGACACUUGGAUGCGUGCGAGACCAUGGGCAAUGCCACUGCCAUCUGCUCGGAUAAGACGGGCACGCUCACCAUGAACCGCAUGACCGUGGUGCAGGCCUACGUGGGGGACACCCACUACCGCCAGAUCCCCGACCCUGAAGCCAUCCUGCCCAAGGUCCUGGACCUCAUUGUCAAUGGCGUCGCCAUCAACUCAGCCUACACAUCCAAGAUCCUGCCACCCGAGAAGGAAGGGGGGCUUCCCCGGCAAGUGGGGAACAAGACGGAGUGCGCCCUGCUGGGCUUCGUGCUGGACCUGAAGCAGGAUUACCAGGCUGUGCGCAACGAGGUGCCGGAGGAGAAGCUCUACAAGGUCUACACCUUCAACUCUGUGCGCAAGUCCAUGAGCACGGUGGUGAAGAACGGCAACGGUGGCUUCCGCAUGUACAGCAAGGGAGCCUCCGAGAUCAUCCUCCGAAAGUGCACCAGGAUCCUGGACAAGAACGGAGACCCUCGGGUGUUCAAGGUGAAGGACCGGGAUGAGAUGGUGAAGAAGGUGAUAGAGCCCAUGGCCUGCCAUGGCUUGCGCACCAUCUGCCUGGCCUUCCGCGACUUCCCCGCCAGCGCUGAGCCCGACUGGGACAGCGAGAACGAGAUCCUGUCCGACCUGACCUGCAUCGCCGUGGUGGGCAUCGAGGACCCUGUGCGGCCAGAGGUGCCGGAUGCCAUCCUGAAGUGCCAGCGGGCAGGGAUCACUGUCCGGAUGGUGACAGGGGACAACAUCAACACCGCCCGUGCCAUUGCCACCAAGUGUGGCAUCCUGCUGCCGGGGGAGGACUUCUUGUGCCUGGAGGGGAAGGAGUUCAACCGGCUCAUCCGCAACGAGAAGGGAGAGGUGGAGCAGGAGCAGCUGGAUAAGGUCUGGCCCAAGCUGCGGGUGCUGGCGCGCUCCUCCCCGACGGAUAAGCACACGCUGGUGAAAGGAAUUAUUGACAGCACCGUUGGUGACCAGAGGCAGGUGGUGGCGGUGACCGGGGACGGGACCAACGAUGGCCCGGCUCUCAAGAAGGCUGACGUUGGCUUUGCCAUGGGCAUCGCGGGCACGGACGUGGCGAAAGAGGCUUCGGACAUCAUCCUGACGGACGACAACUUCACCAGCAUCGUCAAGGCGGUGAUGUGGGGACGCAACGUCUACGACAGCAUCUCCAAGUUCCUGCAGUUCCAGCUGACCGUGAACGUCGUGGCCGUCAUCGUGGCCUUCACGGGCGCCUGCAUCACGCAGGACUCUCCCCUGAAGGCUGUGCAGAUGCUGUGGGUGAACCUGAUCAUGGACACCUUCGCCUCCUUGGCCCUGGCCACGGAGCCCCCAUCCGAGUCCCUGCUGCUACGCAAGCCCUACGGCCGCAACAAGCCACUCAUCUCGCGCACCAUGAUGAAGAACAUCCUGGGACACGCCGUGUACCAGCUCACCAUCAUCUUCACGCUGCUUUUUGCAGGGGAGAAGUUUUUUGACAUCGACAGCGGCCGAAAUGCUCCACUCCACUCCCCGCCCACUGAGCACUACACCAUCGUCUUCAACACCUUCGUCAUGAUGCAGCUGUUCAACGAGAUCAAUGCGCGCAAGAUCCACGGGGAGAGGAACGUCUUCGAGUCCAUUUACCGCAACCCCAUCUUCUGCACGGUGGUGCUGGGGACGUUUGCAGCUCAGAUCAUCAUCGUGGAGUUUGGUGGGAAGCCCUUCAGCUGCUCCGGGCUCACCCUCAGCCAGUGGUUCUGGUGUAUUUUUAUUGGAGUUGGGGAGCUCCUCUGGGGCCAGCUGAUCUGCACUGUCCCAACCAGCCGCCUGAAGUUCCUGAAGGAAGCUGGACACGGCAUCACCAAGGAGGAGAUCCCAGAGGAGGAGCUGCCUGAAGACGUGGACGAGAUUGACCACGCGGAGAUGGAGCUGCGGCGCGGGCAGAUCCUCUGGUUCCGGGGUCUCAACAGGAUACAGACACAGAUGGACGUAGUUUACACAUUCCAGACCGGCGCCUCCUCUUUGCAGGGAGCCCUCAGGAGACAGCCUUCCAUCGUGAGCCAGCACCACGAUGUAAAAAAUGUUUCUAGCCCAACCCAUGUAGCUCUUUCCUCCGUCAAUUCCACUCCCACCACUUCUGCUGUUGCUGCUGCUGCUGCAUCUCCUCCUGCGGGCAAUCAAAGUGGUGAAUGCGUUCCGUAGCUCCUUGUACGAAGGCCUCGAGAAACCCGAAUCCAGAAGCUCCAUCCAUAACUUCAUGACUCACCCGGAGUUCAUCCUGGAGGAAGAUGAGCCUCGAACACCAUUCCUUGACGGCGCUGAAGACGACCCCGAGACUGACGGACUCAAAAAGCGAGGUGGGGGUAGCCUGGGUGGAUCUACACCCCUCAACAGAAAUAACAAUGCAGUGGACAGCGAUCAAGCUGAGCUCACCGUCCCGGAGCCUGACAGCCCCUUCCACAGCUUGGAGACAUCGGUUUGACCUUAGAACUUGGAACCCCCCUCCUCCUCCUCCACCUUCGCCCUGUGUGAUAUCGGCACCAGUAACUGAUCACACACUGCGGUCACUUCAUGUCAAACUGCUCAUACGUAUAUCAUGUUGGUGUUUCGGUUUAGUUGUUUUUGUUUUUUUAACCAUUAUUUAGCAGUGAGAACCAGAGUACCACCAUGCUGGGUGUUGGGAGAGCGGCUAAGCCAAAAUCGCGCAUCUCCAUGCCCGAUUUUCAGUGGUACUCGCCCAAGCGAAGCAGACAGGUUAUUUCCUCUCCACGAGUUCGGCUCCAUGCGCCUGUAGGGGGUUUUCACUUUGAAAAGAAAUGCAUGUUCCAAGCAGGUUCCCGUUGCUGUAGUCUUACACGCACGCUUCCAGCCGGACGGCUGGGCUGCACUUGUGACUUUGGUUUUUCCACUUGUUUUUAGGGUUUUCUUCUAAUGUUGGGGUUUGUUCUUCGCUUGUGGGAUUUUUUUCCCCCCAGCAGUGGGAAGUGGGGGGGGUUAGUGCAAAAGUGUAAAAAUAAACAACAGAACCCAGCCAGGGGAAGGUGUUUACUCACAGGCUGACGGAUACAGGGAUGUACACCAGUCUUCCACCUUGAAAAAUGGUACCCAGCCUCUCCCGUUCCUCCUCUGUGCGCGCACACGCGUUUCUCUCUCUGUUCCCAGAUCGGUAGACAAGGAAUUUGGUGACUUGGCUGUAACCUUGCUGGAUGUAAGAGAGUGUGGUUUUUUCUACAAAGCGAGGUGGAGGUGAACUGGCAGUGGAGAAGUGAAGAAAAGCCCCAUGGUUGUGGGAAACAGGGCUCCCUCCUGGGGACCCCUCAGAGCCGCAUCUCUGCUGCUCUUGAACAGCUGGGAAAUUGUUGGUGAGAGCUUUGCAAAGCUUUAGCAGCUCUGGCCAGCGGGAGCAGAGGGACUCUCGCCUGUUUUGUCUAUCCCGUUGGGUUAAAUAACCCGUCAGCCUCGGAGUGCGAGCUCGGGUGGACUGCUGGGGAGGCCAGAGGAUGCUCCGGCUCUGCUGGGAGCGUGGGGUCGGUGCCAGCGCACGGGUCGGCUCCCGGGCGCCGGAGGGGAUGAGUCUGGUUGUCUCUUUAGCCGGUAGGGUCGAAGGGAGGACCCUUGCUUUCCGUAGCACUUGUGCGGCUGCUUUGCCAGGGGAGAUGAUUCCUCGCAGAGGCGGCAGGUUGGCUUCCAGGGAAGGUCCCAUGUGGAGGCUUCGCCUCACUCGCUGCCAUUUUUUGAGGGUCGUCUCUUCACCCCGCGUUGUGCUGCUCCUUGUGCUCCUGUUUGGUGAACAUCCUGGGCUUUGGGUCCCGCGUGUCCUGGGCACGUUGGCUCUGAGCUGCCCCUCCUGUGGAGCUGAGCAGGAGCAGGACCUGGCUUUGUUGGGCUGAGUUUCUCCCCGUGGGCUCCUCCCCGUGUCCCUGGGUCUCUGCUGCCUUCUCCUCCCCUUUGGCUCGGGUGGGAGCAGAGGGAACCCGGUGUAACCGGCUCACCGCGUCCCUGCCCAGGCUCCAUCCCGGGAAGCAGAGAGCUCUCAGCGAGGGGCUGGCUGGUUGUUUCUUGGUUGUUUCCCUUUCCUUUCGGAACGCACAGCCGACUCUCCCGUGCCUUCUCCGAGCACUGCCUGCAGCACCGCCUGCCACGCCAGGGCCACCACUUUGCCAAGAAAUUAAGUGUUCCUUAAAAAAAAAAAACAACGACAGCCGCAAA